GGGGAAGAGGACAGUCAGCGGGAACCGUGGGGGUGGGGCAAGCCAGGAAAGGGGAGCAUAGGGCAGGUGGGGGUCAGGUGAGGGGGCACAGGGCCCCCAGUAGCGGGGGGGGCAGCAGACGGAGCACAGGGUGCCCCGUGGCACGGGACCACAUAGGGCCCCCACUGCAGGGGGUAGGGGGAGCCCAGCGCCUGUGGGACGGUGCUGCAGCCUGGAGGGGGAAGGGGUGUCAGCCUCCAGGGGAAGGGGCAGUGAGUGUGGACAGCGCAGCUGAAGCGGAAUAGUCCCUAGGGCAAGGAUCCCGAAGGGGGGGGCCAAAAAACAGUCUUGGGGGGGCAGGAGCCGGGCAGUGGGCCUGGGGGGCAGCUGGCCCUCAAAGAAGCAAGGCGCCCCCACCCCGCACUGUGGGAAGAGGAGCCAGGCCCUUGGGAGCCAGAGCCGCCAUGUCCACGAGUGGGUGCAGCUUCAAGGACAGGUGCGUGUCCAUGCUGUGCUGCAGAUUCUGCCAGCAGGUGCUGAGCUCCCGGGGGAUGAAGGCUGUGCUGCUGGCCAACACCGAGAUCGACCUCUACUCCACGGACAUCCCACCCACCAGUACUGUUGACUUCAUUGGAAGUUGUUAUUUCACUGACAUCUGCAAAUGUAAAUUGAAGAACAUUGCAUGUCUGAAAUGUGGCAAUGUUGUAGGUUACCAUGUGAUUGCUCCAUGCAAACCGUGCCUGCUGUCCUGUAACAAUGGACAUUUCUGGAUGUUUCACAGCCAAGCAGUCUUUGGUGUAAACAGACUGGACUCCUCUGGUGUGAAUUUACUGCUUUGGGGCAACUUGCCAGAUUUGGAGGAAAGCACCGAUGAAGACAUAUCUGGCAUCUCUGAGGAGGAGUAUAUCAGAUAAACAUUAUCAGCAGUGUCCAUCCAUCCAGCACUCCCUUAUUACAUUGUAUUGAAGCUUUUUUCCCCAUCUUAACAUACAAACUCAAGAAAUACAGUAAACAAAGGCUAGCAAACAGCUUUUCCGAAGGGGUAGAAGCUGCCUUAGUCCAGUGUAACAUGCCUUAUAAGACUCUCUCAGCUUUAUUCACCUUUCUGAAAAAUGAAUGGCAUACAGAUGGCAGCUGCCUCUGGGUUUAGGGCUAUUUUGUUCUUGUAGUUCUACGCCUUAAAAGUUGCCUAUAAGGAAAACGCAGGCUUUGACACAUCUACUGGCUGUUUUUCCUUCCUAAAUAACAGCUCCGUUGUGGAUUUCAAGUCUUUUGGCAUCACUGAAUGAAAUUUAUUUUUUACCUUUAGUGUAGAACUAUUGAGGAAUACUCACUCUGGGUCAGUUAUCACAUUAUGAAGAGACUGUGGGUUCCAGUUAUGCUUCCUUCUGGACGCUGCCUCUUCUCGCUUCCCAUUCCACUCAUAUGCACCGUCUCCUUUGAGGCCACAGUCAAUGUUUCUGAAAGAUUUCGCCAGCAGCGAAUGCUGAAACUGUACAGCUGUCUGUCUUCCUCCUGCUUUGAAGUUGUUUGCUUAUACCACCAUUAGCAAGAUGACUUGGGAUGCUCCUGGACCACUGAUCUCUCGCCUGAGUUUCAGAGAAUAGUAAAUCCUCAAUUCUGCUAAAAGCUAAACUGCAUUUAAAAAAAAAACAACUUAUUUGUGACUUUUGCUGACAGUGAACAGGAUGGCUGACAAAUGGUAAAUAAGGAAGCAUGCUGGGAACUGGCACAAUUCCCUGUUUUAAAUUGAAAUCACAUUCAAUGAAGUAUUAAUAUAGCUAAUAUUAAGAAAUGUUACACAGGUGAAGGAAACUCCUCUUGGUCUGUAGAAGUCUUCCUAUUUCAGGGGGGAAAAAAAACAAAGAAAAAGUAUAGUUUUCAAGCAAAAGAAUCUGUAAUUAUGUUUGUAUGUCAGUAUUAAAUGACAUGAGCAGUAAGUAUAAUGCUGGAGUAGCAUGUGUGAUAAAUUUAGGGCUACAUCUAAUAAAAUCUCCAUUUGCCUCCUGUGCUUCUGGAAGGUGGGUAAUCCCCACAUAGCUGUUGGUGGAAGGUGGCAGAGUGCCUUUUGGAAAGGAGGCAGCCAGGCGCUUUGGAGUGAAAUGUGGCUUCAAGAAUACUGUUCUACUUGCAGCUACAAAAGUAACUGCUUCAGCAAUUUUCUGUUCAAAUGAAAAGUUUUCUUGUUUCUUUGGAUAGGAGGUUCUAAGAGAAUAACAUUGUAAAAAAGAAAAUCUAAAUAAAAAUGUUUUAAAAGAUAAACUUUUACUUCAAAAAUC